AUAAAUAUAAUGGACUGGACAGAGAGGAGCAGUCCAGACACACCAACGCGCGCACACAGCUCCAGUGACCAGAACUCUGGGAUUAAGACACAACCCAUACACCAUGUCUCAGCCCGUUGAGGUGAAGAAGAAGAAGCGUCCUGUGAUGAAGGAGGAGGACUUGAAAGGAGCCCGCAGCAAACUGGGGCUAAAGGGCGAGCCCAAGAGUAAGACCUAUGAAGUCAUGGUAGAGUGUGAGCGUAUGGGAAAGGUGGCUCCCUCAGUGUUCAGUGGGGUGAAGUCUGGAGGAGAGACGGUACUGGAGAAGCCUAAAGCCCCAGGAGCCAGCAUCUUUGGCAAGUAGAGCCGUCCAGUGUGGAGUGUUGGCUAUCAUCACUGCGCUAGAGUCUAGAGGAGAGACGGGACAGACGCAUCAAUGGACAAAUGGCAAUGAAGAAGCCAAACCUUGCUGUUAUUGAAUGGUUUGAUACCUGUUUUUCCAUUUUCAGCACGGAAAUAGGCCCAUCUCAUUUUGAGCAGGUUGUUCAUAGUAGGGUUUGUUCAUACUGUAUGAUGACUGUUUAUGAUUGAGAAUUUCAAGGGCAAUUCCAGCAUUAUGGAUGUGAUAUUUGCACACACAAUMKGAAACAAAAUGUCUCACAGAGUUGACUUAGCACUUACAUUUCUACUUGAUAUCAUGAUUGCGUUACYCAGCAAUGCUGACUAGUGAGUCAUUGAUCAUGUUAUGACGUGUCCGUAGCGGUCACAUUCGUUACGCUUAGAACGAGUACCUACAGAGAGAAAGGAAACCAGUUKUACAUCACAUAAGCCCUUGAUGAAGUUAGCUUUGCACAGAAAGUUUGCAUACAAUCAUACUCKAAACAUGUCCASAUGUCCAUGUCCAAAUCAGCAUUCUAUCUUCACCAGACUGUACAAUUCUAGACUAGCAAUCAAAGGACAAAAAUGUGUUUCAUUAACCUUCCGACUUGGUCAGAAACAGAGGGACAGAUGUGAGUACCAAAACAAGUUCUGUGAGCCAUUGCCAAAAGCUAUGAAAUAUGGUUGACUGAAAAUACUUAUUUUGAGACUAUGUAGCCUACUUGUAGUAAUUAAAUUUGGCAAWUAUAAAGGCCAAAUGUAGUCUUUACUUCAAAAUACACACAUUCAAAUAGAAUUUUAUUGGUCACAUAUUUUGCAGAUGUUAUUGCGGGUGUAGUGAAAAUAUGUUAAAUAUUUUCGCUAAAUAUGAAAGUUUUUAAUUAGGAAAUAAGCUAUUUUUUUCAUGUUCAGGUUGACCUUACUAUGAAGUUGCUCAAAUUGUAAAUGCUGAAAUAUUUGUCUUAUGUUUUUAUAAACAAAUGAAUGACUUCCCUACU